AGACUGUGUUGGUGGUUUGAUAUACGGAGCUUAUCUAAGACUGCCAUUCCAUAGCCAGGCUCUACUGCAGUAAUACACACAUCGCAUCCCUUCUCGCAACCGUUGAUAGCUAUCGCCGACUGUGAUUUGUACAGCAAACAUGAAAGAAAGACAAGGAAACCGGGCUACUAAGCUCCACAACUCUACAUCAGCGCUGCGACAUGUGUCUAAAGAAAGUGUUGAAACGUGUAGCAGGGGAAAUAUGGUUGCCGCUGCUGCUGCCGUCCUCGCUGCCGGGUCUAUGUCGGAGUACUUGGAUGGGAUUUUGACGUAUAGCAUGUCAGACUGUUACAGCAAAUUGAAAGACUUAGUGCCAACUAUACCGCCAAAUAAAAAAGUCAGUAAGGUUGAACUUUUGCAGCAUGUCAUAGACUAUAUCCAAGAUUUACAGGUCGAAUUGGAGGCGCAUCCUGCUAUGAGGAACACACCACCACCACCCCUCGAAAAACAAAUACCAACGAAUCGCACGCCACUUGGAACGAUACCACCAGAAAACACUGCCAUUGCCGCAGAUCAGGUCAGUCAUUUAGAGAAAAGCGCAAGCUGUAGCUGGGAUAUAGACAGCUGUUCGCCGAGAAGUUGCUAGCUAUGGGAACACUGCUUGUCAACCACUCACUUAUCUCGGUUAACGAAACCAUGCAGUGAACAGCGACUUAGCUGAAAUGGUCGACUAUGUUUAUAACGAAGUCAUACAACUGGGCGAGGUGGCUGAGAUACGUCGCUGUCUGAUAUAGACUUGUCGCUAAUACAUCGAAAACCAUAUGUGUGCGUUCCGUUGAUCCAGAUGACUGCGAUUUUAAUGUGCUUUUCCUGUGCCAAAAUAAGGAACAAAAUAUUGUCUGAAAAAUGACUCUAAGUGUAAAUAAUAUAUUAUUAAAUGUGCGUCGUUGUAAUGCAGAAAUGCGGACAGUGUAAAACUACAGCGAUGAACGCUAUAUAAACGAUGAACCAAUGUGUGUUCUGUCAAAUAGUUUUUUUUAAAAGAAAGCGACAUUUUGUAACUUGGGUAUUUUUGUGAAUUUAUUCUUGUCUGUGUUUUAUAUUUCUGACUUCUCAAGAGAUUUAGUACGGAUGGGUGGGCACCGUUUCCAUAUGGCGUCUUGUUUGUACAAAAUCAUCUCGAUGUGUCUAUUGUUGACAGUGUGAUUUUCUCACGGAGUAUAUCGUUGGCCAAUAGAGCGUUUCACCCUCUAUACACGGUACAAGUCUGUGUCAAUAAGGACAGAUGAUAACUUGACUCUACCAUAUUGAUCGCUGAAAUGUCAACAGGUGACAUGUGUAUCCAUCUGUCCAUUUUUCUAACAUAGAUUCGUUAUUUCUCACCGGGGCCAUUUCAGCCUAUCAAUCUGGCUGCCAGUUCAGUUAGAUUUACAUAUCCUAUAGCCGCUCAUCCGUGGAAAUAUUGCCGCCUUUCCCAUUUUCUAUACUGAACCAAAUUUUCAAUUAAAUUAAAUGUUUUUAAAUAAAGCCAUUUACUUUAUGAUAUCAUGAUAAUAAAGUAUAGAUUGAUAUUGGA